AUGCUUCGAGCACAGCACUGUGUGCUUGUGGAAGACCUGCAGCGCAGUGAAUCCGCCGACGUUGGCGAGGAUGACGAUCCUCUUCGUCAAGCAUCCCUCUUAACGGCCGCGUGCUGGCAGCUACGCGACAACGGUUCUAGCGACGCAGGAAACGAGCAGGGCACUACUGCUGCGCUGGAGCUGGCAGCCGCCGUUGUCGCAGCUGGUUUGACGUCGGCGUCAUCUGAUUUGUCUCGGAGAAUGAUGGACACGCUCCGUUGGGAGGGACAGGCUCCGCCCUUGGAAGGCAAGCUGGUUGGCAUCGCAAGUCGAGUGAGGUGGAUGUACCUUGUUCGUCUUGCCGUGGAGCUCGGUCUCUGCGAUUUGAACGAAUGGGAAGAAGCUUUGCACCUUUUGGCCGAACCUAAAAAACCCAUCGACUUAGAAAGCCUUCACGAGACCCGGCAAGGUAUCCACGCUUUAUUCCAUGGCUUCCGUGGCGGCGACGGACCUCUCCUUCUUGGCGGUGUUUUUCCGAGGUCGACGGAAUCACGGGGGGAGCUAGUAAGCUUGAUAGAACGGGGCCACUCUCGCUUGGCGAGGUUUAACGUACUGCUACGCGCCAUCUGGAGCGAGUCUGCGGGCACUGGACGCGGCAGUUUUGAAGAGCGCACGGAGGCCCUCAACACUCUGGUUGGGGUGAUGUUGGGAGAAAGCCAACUCCACCCAAGCUUUGCUCUGAAGCUAUUCUCCGCUCUGGGUCUUGAUGUCAUUCGUCGAGCCAAGUCCAGUCCCGAUAAGGUUCCGCAAUCCCUCCAGGGUGAAAUCGCAAACCUGGGCUUGUCGUCCGGAGGGGUGUUGAGCGAAGCAAGUCAACGAGCGGCGUUGGCCGUGACCAAGCUGGCCGCGCUUGUGAGAAUUUCGGAGGUCCUCAGCAAGAGUCGUGACGAGCUCUCCCUUGAUCUCGCGCAACGCGGCGCAGCACUCCAGGCCGAGCUUCGGGUGCAAGUGAAAGCGUACGCUGAGCACCAACAAAGUCAACGGAGAGAGGAGGUUCUGAGCGCUGCCGAAGACUUCAUAGCUGAAAUGCCGCCCGAGGAGGCCGAGCACGGUCCAGGGAAUAGCCAACUCGACAUCAUGACGCACCUUCUCGGAGCGAUCAUCACCGGCACUCCAUCCGGCAAGGAAGCACGCGCCCAGAGCGGCGUUCCGGAUGCCGCGAUGGUUGGCUCGAAUCACAGCAGUGAGCAAGCGCUCGCAAGUCCUACGGACCGGCGUACACCGGAUCCUAUGAAGCAAGACCGCCAUCGGCUCGAUGCGAGAGGAAAUCUACUCGAAAUCUUUGCCAAGAUAGCCAGCGCCAUGCCUUGUGAUCCCGAUCAGUAUGUUGCAAGCGCCUGGCGCACGAUGCAGGCAAGCCGUACUUUGGCUAGGAUGGAAAGACCGCGCGGUGACGAAGAGGUCGAGUUGGAAGCCUUCGAACUCGCUGUGGACGCCCAGGCGUUAGAGACCCUUCGGGAGAGUCUGCUAGGGGCCAUCGACAGACCGGAACGCAACCUUUGCGACCUCCCCGUCAGCGUCAACGGAGAGAUCGAACAACCUCUCAGCGGCGGAAUACGACUGAUAACUGUACCGCUGUCUGGUUUAGAGGUGACACAUGACGACGAAAUGAAGGCCCUUCAACGCCAGGCAGAAGCGGUUCGAUACAAGAACGCGAUGAACAUCGUUGCAAGGACAGGGUUGGCUCUUCAACCGCCGGCUGAAGCUGGGACUCCUUCCCUGACCGCGAUUGUGGCGGCAGCGAAACACGCGAAGAGGUGGAAAUCCGCGGCGCAAGACGACGUGUCCGGGCUUGGUCGACCAGAACUGGAGCGCCUAAACUCCAUCAUGGAUAUGCGCAUUACGAGCCUCUCUGACCAGCUCGCCACGCUCGUCCGAAGCAAGAAGGUCGAACCAGGCACAGCAAAGCAGACGAAGGCGGACCAUGAGGUGGUGUUGUCUCCAGACGAUUGGGUUAAAAGGGAAAGGCAGCGGCUCAACGUGAGGAUACGGAUACGCAAAGAAAAACUCCAUGGCAUGGAGACGAGGCUCCGGCAUAUAAGAAAAGGCGACAAAGGCAGAACUGGUGACGUGGAGGCUAUAUGGAUGUCGGAGGACGAGCGACUUGAGAUGGAAACGAAUCUGUUUCUGAUUUCCAGGAAGAUUGCCAAGGCGAACUUUCUGCUGCGAAAAAUGCGGUCUCGAUGGGAUAUUUUCAGAGAAAGGCACAGGCAUCUGGCUCCUCUUGUGCAUGACAGGCUGACCCAGAGCGACACAUUCAAGAAUGGAGCACCUGGCGCCAGAGUAAUUACUGAGACAUCACCCCGUGAGAGGUCACAACGGCCAUCACCAACAUCAUCUUUCGUUGUUGACGCUCAGAUGAAAGAAUGGAACAUCAAUGGAUCUACGGUUGUGAUUGAGUUGUUUCUGCGCACUGUUAAUGGUAUGGGGAGAGCUAGCGUGCAAAACGCCAAAAGUCCGGGGUAG